ACUAGUGGACGAGGGAGGGAGGGUCACUCAUGACCAGCACAGCAACCCUCAACUUUGACACUCUCUACUUGUCAGACGCUGGUCAGUACAGCUGUCAGGUCAUCCUCACCUCCAGUCAGCUUGAGGGGGAACACACUGUAGCUGCUCACUACACCAUUGAGUUCAUGAGCCUGCACAUUCAACUUGGUCUGGAGGGAAUAACAAACUGCAGAGUGUACACUGAACUAGACGCUGAUAUGAAAACAGAUGACAUCACCAAUAGUCUGACACAAGGCAUUGAAAGCCAGUGUGCCUGUGGAUUUAACUCCUCCCUCAUUUUGAAUUCAUUCAUGGUUUGUUUUGACGACUCCCCUAGUCAUGUGACCUACCGAGCUGUGCUCACUGGAACAGAGAGUGUAUCCACCAUACAACUGGCUAGGCUAAUGGAACAGUGGGUUGAGAAUGAUCCAAUCGUUGUGGUGCAGAGAGCAGGCCUCAGUGUAACUAACAGUUGUCCGAUUGUCAUUGCUAACCUCAAUAAUCCAGAGUGCCCUGAGGACAUCACUAAUCGGACGCAGGUGGCUACUCCAACAUCUUCUAUAGCUAUUACCUCAGAGUCACCCACAGAGAGUGUAGUGGUCAAUGUUGGUGCAGUGGCUGGUGGGGUGGUUGCUGGAGUCUUGGCCAUUGCUGUGCUAGUACUGAUCAUAUUGCUUGUGCUGGUUAUGUUGAGGCAACGGAGGUCUGGAUCCAAGGACAUGAGUGAUGAGAGGACAGGCAGCCAACCAACACAACUACCCCCAGUGGUGAUGAGUCAUCUCCCCUCCCAUGAUUACGAGGAGUUGAGCAAACUACAAAAGGAGGCUGCCUAUGAGGUGGUGGACCAGCCACGCCCCCCUCCUCCUGCAGACUACCAGCUCUCAGCCUGUGCAGCUUAUGCAUCCACUGACUGCAACACAGAGAACAAGUAGACACUAUAAAAACACAGUCUAGUUUGUCAAUGUAGAUCUAUGUGUCACUGUUUCAUGUAGUCGUAUUGUAGUUUUAGGCCACUGUUAGUUGCAUACUUGUUUCAGAUGAGAAUACUAGCUCGACCCGAUGAGGGAGGGAGGUCUUUAUUACCCAUUAUCCCAUUAUUUGAUGACGUCAUAUCCUGUUUUUUUAAC